AUGCAAUUCAAAACAGUAUUAUUUACUUUGGCUACUUGCCUUAGCUUGUCUGGUGUUCAAGCCAAAGACUCUUGUUCAUUCUCAACUACUAUUACCGCAGCUAGUGCUGUUUCUGAGUUGAAUUCUUGUCCAACUUUAGAUGGUAAAAUCGACAUCACAGGUGAUGAAAUUACUAGUCUUGACUUUAGCAAUGUUGAAAAAAUCAAAGGUGAUUUAAAGUUGUUCAACUCUUCUUCUGUUACUGAUAUCAACCUUAACCAGUUGAGUGAGAUUAGUGGUUCUUUGACUGUUCAAGCUUAUACCCAGUUACAUUCUCUUGAUUUGACUUCGUUGAGCAAGGCCGAAGAAUUAUCUUUAAUUUCUUUACCAUCCUUUGCUAUAUUAAACGUGAAUAAGGGUCUUUCAGAAGUUGGUUCCCUUAAGAUCUCAGACACUGCCUUGUCUUCAUUAGAAGGUUUAACUAAUUAUAAGGAUGUUGGCUCGUUAGACGUGGACAACAACAAGAACAUUUCUUACAUCGAUUUGUCUACAUUAGAAACCGUUAAGGACAGUUUAGUUUUAAGUUUCAACAGUGAUGAAUGUGAAGUCAAAUUAGACGAAUUAAUUUGGGCUUCCAACUUAACUAUUCAAGAUGUCGCUGACUUUUCUGCUAGCAAUUUGACUAAAGUUAAUGGUACCUUUAACCUCGCUUACAACACUUUUGAAUCUAUUGAAUUCAAGAGCUUGAAAGAAGUUGGUGGAUCUUUGCAAAUCUUCGCCAACAAUGACUUGACUGAACUCUCUGUGGAAAAAUUAACUUCCAUUGGUGGUGAAUUCAGAAUGUACAACAAUACAGAUUUAGAAGACAUGGAAGAUUCUUUCUCCAAGUUAAAGACCGUUGAAGGUGCAGUUGAUAUUAAAGGAAAUAUCGCUAACUUCACUUUACCUAAAUUGAAGGAAGUCGAUGGUACUUUCACUUUUGACACCAAGUCUGACGAAUUCGACUGUGCCUCAUUCAAGAAGAAGCUUAAGAAGGUUGUUAAGGGUGGUAAGAGUCCUAAGUGUUCUGCUCCAAAGAAGAAGAACAAGUCAUCAAGUUCUAAGAAAGGUUCAUCCUCUACGUCUUCUUCUUCUAAAUCUACUGAUUCCGGAUCAAAUGCAGACUCAAGCUCUGAUUCUUCUUCUUCUUCAAGCAAAUCCUCUGCUAAUGUUUUGGUUAAUAGCACCUUUAUUUUGACUAUUGCCGUAGGUGCCGUAUUUGCUCUAUUUGUCUAG